AUGGAUGUACCCAGUUGUGUGCAGCAACAACAACAGACUGAAGAGGUCUGGACAGCACUACUACAAGACUCACCACAACAACAGGGCAACCUUUCAGCGCUUAUGUCAACUUUUAGCAACCAAGGAUUUUUAAACCCUGCUUACCAUGACAGCGAAACACUUGAACUUGAUAAAAGAUCCCCGAGCAGAAGUCGUCACACCAAUCCUUAUGCUGGAGGCGGGAGUCGGGUCCAACCAGAUGUUUACCCCACUGAGUCGUCCCUGGACCCGGGGAGGGGCCCCUGGGGAGGGCUCCCCAGACAGAGCUGGGAUGGGGGACACGGAAUCCCGAUGGACCUUUUGUCCACUCACCCAGGGAACCCGGCAUGGCGCCCAGAUCACAAUCACAGCUCAUUUCAGAUCACCACUGAAGCCCACUAUCAACAAUCUCUGUCCAUCCAGAUGACUUCUCUGCCUUCAGGAAACAUGACGAUAAGAUGGAGAGGACACACGAUGAGGAGGAUGUUUCAGAAUACAGACCCCAAUCUUCAGCUUGCAGAGAACGCCAUUAUGGCCCAGGUAGAGAACGAGGAAAUCCACUUGGUCCGGGAACUUGUAGACAUGUCGACGCGAGACCGGAUCCGGGCGAUUCGUGAUCUCCCCCUGAGUUUCCAAGAGAAGAAACAUAUCAGGAGCCAAGUGCUUUCAUUCAUGUCCUCAAAGAAGUCACGUCACUUUACCUGUUUAGGAGACUGCUCAGAGCAUGUUUCCAGAUCUUUCCGCAGAUGUGGCUCAAAUGUGAGGUCUGCGAGGCAAACCCUGGAGCUGUGGCAGGGCACCAUGAAGGAAAUCGGCGGAAAGUUCGGCACCAGCGUCUUGUCGUACUUUGUGUUCCUGAAAUGGCUGCUCAUGUUCAAUAUUUUCUCCUUCCUGGUCAACUUUGGCUUCAUCACCAUCCCCCAGCUGGUGUUGGACCACUCACCAAACACCAACAUAAGCUUCAGGGGGCUGGAGAUUCUCACUGGCGCCGGGUAUUUUAACUACACUGUCAUGUACUAUGGCAGCUACAGUAAUCACACGCUCUUUGGGGCUGUGAACUACGAGAUGCAGCUGGGAUAUUUCUUAACCAUCGCUGUCUACAUGGUGCUCUGUGGCAUUGCACUGAUCUUCAGCAUGGCAAGCUCUUUCAAGUCAAAUUACGUUCUGGCCGAUUCAUCCAGUGGUGCCUGGCAACUUCUGUGUAGCUGGGAUUUCAGUAUCACCGAGAGAGCAGUGAGGCAGCGCAAAAACAAUCUUCGCAUACAGCUCAAGGAGUCCCUGUCAGAAAAGGCCCAGCGUGAACAGCUCACCUCGUCUGAGAAACUGCAGCACUUUGGGAUUCACCUGGGAUCCUGGCUGCUGUCCACGAGUUUGACUGUUGGUUGUGGAGCGAGCAUCUAUUUCCUCUGCUCUUAUGAACACCAGCGCAUGUCGGACAGCAGCAGCUGGUCUCUGCUUCAGGAGGCCGAGACCCUCCUCGUGCCGUUCGUGGUCUCUCUGAUGAACAUGGUGGUCCCUCUGUUCUUCUCACUCUUCAGCAAGUUUGAGCAUUACUCCACUCAGCGCAGGCAGAUCUAUGCUCUCGUGCUCAGAAAUGUUCUGUUCCGAAUGUGCAUACUGGGCGUCUUGUGCUACUACUGGAUGAACGAGGUCGCUAUCAAGUAUUCGUGUUGGGAGUCAGUGGUGGGGCAGGCUUUGUACCGCUUAGUCCUCGUCGACUUCAUCUUCCUGUUGUUGGGAUCCUUCUUCGGAGAGUUCCUCAGCAAUGUGGUCGGGACUCGUCUGAUCCCUCGUUUGGGAGUUCCUGAGUUUGACGUCGCUCGAAAUGUUUUGGAAAUAAUCUAUGCUCAAACGUUGGCCUGGAUUGGGAUCUACUUCUCUCCUCUUCUGCCAGCCAUCCAGAUCCUCAAGUUUUUCAUCCUCUUUUAUAUAAAGAAGGUUAGCUUGAUGCAGAACUGUCAGCCUCCGCGUCGGACAGGAAGAGCAGCGCAGAUGAAAACCAUCUUCACGGCUUUGUUAUUCUUCCCUUUCUUUCUGGGAGCUCUGGCCAUAGUGGGGUACACAACCUGGAGUUUGAGGCCCUCAGAGCACUGCGGCCCGUUCAGGGGGCUCAACAGCACCUUCAGUGUGGUGGAGGAGUGGAUUGACGACCUGCGACAGAUCCCUGGAUCCUCGUGGGUUGUGUUUAUCUACCAGAAAAUCAUCAGGAGCGAAGUCUUUUAUUUCCUCAUCUCAAUUAUCAUUUUAAUUAUUGUAUACAUUUUCUGGCAAGUGAGUCAAGGCCGCAAGCAACUCAUUGUGCAUCUACGACAACAGAUUGUCAAUGAGGGGAAAGACAAAUCGUUUUUGCUGGAAAAGUUGCAGAACCUCCAGAAAUCUCAGCCAAACCAAAGACCCAAACAGAAUAAUAACAGAAAGAGCAAAACCAGGCCACACGCAGAAGACUUGUCCUCGAGCGGCUCCUCUAACUCCAACGCAAUGGUGCAGGUCUUGCUCGCCCGACAGCGAGCAGAGGAAGAAGAGGAGAGAUUGAGGACAAGGGGACUCCCAGAUCCCCCACCUCAUCAGCACCUCUAUGACACCAGCGACAUGCCUCAAUCCUCAUCCAGCGCUUUGGCUCUGGCGAUGCAGGCCCGACAGAGAGCUGAAAGUCAGACACGAGGAGAGUACUACAGCAGGGCCGGGUUUACGGAGAACCACGUCAACUAUCGCCACGCAGCGGAGGAGGACGUCAACAGUCCCACCUCUGUGAAUAGCGUCAUGAUGCAGGUGAUGCAGGCCAGACAGCAGGCGGAGGAAGAGGAGGAGGAGCUGAAGAGGAUGAAGAGGCUCCCCGCGGCACCACAAAACCCUGCCCCAUCCAGCGCUCUCAUUCAAGCUAUGUUGGCACGGCAACAGGCUCAAAAUGAGUAUGACGAUGGGUACUGA